AUGCCGAACAAGGCUCCCAACCCGUUCCUCUUCGUCGGCCUCUCCCUCGCCUCCUUCGGCGCAUUCUACUUCCUCGCUCGCCACCGCGCAGCGACCUACCCCGCCUCCCAGCAGCCCCGCCAGCAGGACAACCCGCUCGUGCCCCCGCGCCACCACACCAAGUCUGACGGUGACGAGGCGUCUAAUUGA